AUGGACCCGUUGGAAGAACAGCAGCAAGAGCUCGAAGUGUUGGAGUCGAUCUACCCUGACGAGCUCACCAAAGAGUCCGAUGCCAAGUUCUCCAUCCGCAUCAAGUUGGACACCCCCAGCGAAAGGGUCCACGUGUUGGUGCUAGGCGUCAAAUACCCGCCAGAAUACCCAGAAGUGAUCCCAGAAUUGGACAUCGAAUUGGGCGCUGACGACGACGAGUCUGACGACGACUACGACGACGAAUCCGACGACGACGACGCAGACACCCGUGCCGCCAAACAGGCACUCAACAUGUCGGAAACCAUCGAGUUUGGCAGGGACCAGUUCAAAUUGCUCUUGGGCAAGUUGCAAGAGGAGGCAGAGAUGCAGCUCGGCAUCCCCAUGGUGUUUGCAUUGGCCAGUCAAUUGAAGGAGGAGGCUGAGACGUUGUUCCAGCAGAUUUUGGACGCCAAACAGAAAGACUACGACAGACAGUUGCUUGCGCGGGAGCAGGAGGAGCAGAAGAAGUUCAACGGUACGCCAGUGACCAAGGAGUCGUUCAGCACCUGGCGCAACCAGUUCCGCCAGGAGAUCAACUUGGAGGCCCGUUUGGCGGAGAGGUUUGCUGCCAUGCACCAGGGCAAGCUCACGGGACGAGAGAUUUUCGAGAAGGGGUUGGCAGGCGACGAAGACGACGUGGACGACGUGGUGGAGGGGGUCAAGAAGGUGGUGGUUUGA